ACCGAAUCGCUGGCCAAAUCACCGACCAAGAAUGUGAUGUGAUGAUCAUCUCGACCAACACCUGUCAAGAGACCCAACAACCCAAAUUCAAGCACGGGAGAAGCGCGCGCAUGAGAGCAGCCGCCAACAUAGUAAUGGCGGCGUCCUUGCAGUAAUGCAUAUAUGACAUUGCGAGAUGAGGCAUUUACAUGCAACAUCCUCGUCGUCAAACUCAAAACAGAGCGGCCAUACGAUCGAUACGAUUCCUAAUUCACAACAUCAAUACGAUCAAUACGACGGAUACGAUACGAUUGUGUGUACAAGAUUUUGUCCGCACAAAUACCACAUCUGCAAUUAAACUGGGGAACCCUCAAUAAGGAUUUUCGACAGAACAGGGUUAGUUUAUCAUUCCAGGUCUCAUUUUCCCCUUGAGACUUGGCUUUGACCUAAUCGAGCUCAGCUUGCUUUUGUUUGGAAUUGCGACUGCGCCUUGUGGAUGGAGGAUUCGCAUAAAUAUGCUUACUCCGCAUAUCUCAUACUCCUUCCAACCUUCGUAUGUACCUAAUUGAUGAGUGAGCUGGUAUGGUAUUCUUUAUUUCAUCCUCUCUGCCUCUUCAAAGGCCAAAGGAGAUUUUGCCAACCGAAGCGCCGAGCUCUCUUGAUAAACAGAGUUUAGACUAUCAUAUUAAAGCGGACUCGUCGAACUAAUCCGAAUAGCGGCACUAGAGCGGGAGAAGCCGAUUAUCCGCACAGUAAGGCAAAACAAAUAGUGGCUGACUUUACUUAUUUUCUCUUCGAUCUAAUUAAUAAGUGUGUCUUCCUGUUCGAAGCUCUCACCACUUCGCAUUUCGUAUCUCGCAUUCCAUAAGGACCUACUUACCGAGUACACAAAGACAGAAGAGGAGGUCUGUCUUACCUUAUUGUACCUUUUCCCCUCCAUUCCCCCUGCAUACAAGACAACCGAAAAGUAGCCGGAAGAAUCAUUAUCAUCAUUGCCGUCAUCAAGAACUGAAUUAGCAACACUCGAGUACCUCCAGCAUCCAACACACUGUCCUCCGUAUACAAUUUGAAAUUCACCGCAGUUUCUUACAUCUUCUUUCCCCACAUAAUCAGCACUUUCUUAGUUCUAUUCUCAUACAAGGCUGUGAAAGGUACAUACAUUAGUGGACCGGUACAGCUGUACAUUUACCACGUCUAAUACAUACAUGCGUCUAAUGUAAUCAAUACCAGCGAGAAUUUUGCUACAUGGUCUCGCAAGGUUAAGGCUGAGGUCUCACCAGAGCGAAUUUAGCUAAAUAAUACAAGAGCUAAUGAUUUCUUUUAUAUUACCGGUACCCUAACUACCACGCUCCUUGACUAGCAACUACCUUGUACCUAUCUCGUCUCAAAGGAUUUCUUCACACAAUUUACUUUUUGUUCUCAAACUCUCUGAACGAAUCAAACCGAAAGCUACCAAUUAGUCGGAAAUUUGCGUACAUUAGCCGUCUUUGACUCCCUGUAGAUCUCCUGUACUAACGUUUAGACCGAAAAAAGCGUGGACCUGCGUCAUACGAACAUAUAAACUGGCCGAGCCUCGUUCUUUAGCUUUGCCGUUCCCGUUUGAGCCCUUUGAUUCAAAACAUCAUCUUUUCCAACAAGUACGGGAAAGAGGGAGUGAACGAGAGGCGAGAGAGAGAAAGUUUUACUUUUAUUUUAUUUUAUUUUAACUAUAUUAUAUCUUCUCUUGAAUUUCUUUCUCAUCUUUGCUUUCUCUUAAAUUUUCUACCUACCAACCAACUUCCAGGUAACACAAGACAGUCACGUCAAUAUGAAAGCCUUCGGAACUAUAGUAGCUUCGGUUGCAUUGUCUUCAGUAUGUGAUGCUCGUCAAUUGGUUUUACCUCGAGAUGCGUCUCCCGAAAUUAUCGCUGCUGAAGUGUUAGCUGCACCGAUGUAUGCUAUCAAGCGUGCAUUACCAGAUUCACCAACAGGAAGCUACACACCAGGGGCAGUAGAUUGUCCUGGUACGAGACCAACAGUCAGAAAAGCCAGUGAAUUAUCUGCCAAUGAAACAUCAUGGCUAGAAUUACGAAGAAAUAAUACCAUUCAACCCAUGAUAACUUUCCUCAAAAGGAUGAACAUUUCUGGAUUCGAUGCAACCGCCUAUAUAAACAAGGUCUCCGGUAAUGCAUCUACGUUACCGAAUAUUGGUAUAGCAAUUUCUGGGGGAGGCUACCGUGCAAUGAUGAAUGGUGCUGGAUUCGUCGCUGCUGCCGAUGAUCGAACAGCCAAUUCAACAAACACGGGACAAAUCGGAGGUCUUUUACAAGCUACAACCUACCUUGCAGGUCUUUCUGGUGGUGGAUGGUUGGUAGGAUCACUCUAUACCAACAACUUCAGUACUGUCGAAUCUCUACGAGAUAGUUCUCGUGUGUGGAACUUCCAAAACUCGAUUUUCGAAGGACCUAACGAUGAUGGUAUUCAGAUCUUGAGUACUGCUGAUUACUACAGUACAAUUGAGAAAGAAGUUUCUGGAAAAGCAGAUGCUCCUCUCAAUUUCAAUACUUCGGUCACCGAUUAUUGGGGACGCGCAUUAUCGUACCAAUUGAUUAAUGCUACAGACGGUGGACCAGCUUAUACCUUUUCAUCAAUUGCACUCCAGGACAACUUCGCAAAUGGCGAUAUUCCUAUGCCUCUUCUCGUCGCUGACGGUCGUUCGCCAAACACCGAGAUCAUAUCACUAAAUUCGACAGUCUACGAAUUCAAUCCGUUUGAGCUUGGUUCAUGGGAUGCUACGACAUAUGGGUUCGCACCCCUUCGUUACAUUGGAUCAAAUUUCACCGCUGGUUCCAUCCCUGACGGUCAACAAUGUGUUCGUGGUUUUGAUCAAGUCGGCUACGUGAUGGGUACUUCGUCCUCGCUUUUCAACCAAUUUUUGAUUCAAGCCAAUCAAAGUUCGCUUCCAUCUUUUGUCACCGACGCGUUCACUACCAUUCUCGACAAGAUCGGAUUCACCAACAAUGAUAUUGCGCAAUAUCAGCCUAACCCCUUCUACGCAUUUAACAAUGAAACCAAUCGCAAUGCCGAAACCACUCAAUUGGAUUUGGUUGAUGGUGGUGAGGAUGGUCAAAACAUCCCUCUUUAUCCUCUCAUCCAGCCUAUCCGUGAGGUAGAUGUAAUCUUCGCAAUCGACUCAUCCGCCGACACCACCUACUUCUGGCCCAACGGAACAUCCCUCGUUGCAACCCACGAGCGUUCCCAAAAUGAAACCAUUGCAAACGGAACCGCAUUCCCCUCGAUCCCGGGCCAAAACACAUUCGUCAACCUCGGACUCAACAAACGCCCCACUUUCUUCGGUUGCGACCCCUCCAAUUCCACAGGCCCAACCCCCUUAGUCGUCUACAUCCCCAACGCUCCCUACAUCUACCAAUCCAACGUCUCGACUUUCGACCCCUCCUACAACGCCACCGAACGCAACCUCAUCAUCGAAAACGGCUACAAUGUCGCUACCAUGGGUAACUCCACCAUCGAUCCCGAGUGGCCAACCUGCGUUGCCUGCGCGGUCAUCUCCCGCUCGCUGUACAAGACCAAAACUACCGUCCCCGAUGCAUGCACCGCCUGUUUCAACAGAUACUGUUGGAAUGGCACGUUGGAUACGAGCGAUGUGGUCUACGAUCCUGCCUACAUCGUCGGAAAAGUUUCCGCUUCUUCCGAUGCGGCAACCUUGGGAGGAAACAAAUUCACAAGUAUCAUUGUCGCGCUUGCUGCAGCUGCAUUUGUUGUCUGGGCAUAGUAUAAUAUGAUAUGAGGAAAUAUACUAUACGUAUAAGGAGCAAAAAGUUAUCGCGAAAAUAAGGACAAUGUUUCGGGUUUUGGGAUGGGUUUUUUGGAUGGUUGUAUAUAUCACGACAUUAUAAUGAGGGAUGAUGGAGGUCCGAUUUUAUUUUCGCAUUUGCCUUGCAUUAAGGGAGGAAUGAACGUCGUUGGUUGGUUGGCUGGUUUUUAUUUUUGAAAUAUUAAUUACGGGUGAGGAGAUGAUGAGUGGAUUAUACUGUUUUGUACUAUUUGUACUAUUUAUACCUAACUUUUUUUUGGAUGUAACAAAAUCGAAUUACAAUGUACGUGUAUGAGUUUAAGAAGUAUAUUCUCCUGUGAUGGAAAUUAUAGAUCUUGCAAGGUCAACCGGGUGUAUGAGUUUUGCUUACGUACUGUAUAUCUGUGAUGAGAGAUGAGAGUCGGUUCGGGAAUUGAUGGGGUUGAUAUUUUAUGAAGUCAUACACUCAUACACUCAUACACUCAUAUACAAACAUACAAACAUACAAACAUACAAACAUACAAACAAAAACAGAAUAAAAAACCAAAAAGAACAUCCAAUCCUAAAUGG